UCCGCAGUCUCUGGUCAUCUCCUGUACUGUGUCCGCAGUCUCUGGUCAUCUCCUGUACUGUGUCCGCAGUCUCUGGUCAUCUCCUGUACUGUGUCCGCAGUCUCUGGUCAUCUCCUGUACUGUGUCCGCAGUCUCUGGUCAUCUCCUGUACUUAUGUCCGCAGUCUCUGGUCAUCUCCUGUACUGUGUCAGCAGUCUCUGGUCAUCUCCUGUACUGUGUCCGCAGUCUCUGGUCAUCUCCUGUACUGUGUCCGCAGUCUCUGGUCAUCUCCUGUACUAUGUCCGCAGUCUCUGGUCAUCUCCUGUAGUAUGUCCGCAGUCUCUGGUCAUCUCCUGUAGUGUGUCCGCA